AUGGCUUCAUUAUCGGAGAGGCAUUCAUCACAGACGGAGAAGGGAGCUGCAUCGGCUGGCCCAGAGCUCGUCAAUCGCCUUUAUCAGAGCAAAUCACCAUAUGUACUUGUCCACAUGAAUAACCCCGUUGCCUGGCAGUUGUGGGAUUCGGAAGCAAUUGCCCUAGCCAAGAAGCUCAACCGGCUCAUUUUUUUAAGGUGUCAUGUUAUGGAAAAGGAGUCUUUCAUGUCCCCCGAGAUUGCAGCGAUAUUGAACAAGUCGUUUAUCCCUAUAAAACUAGACCGAGAAGAGAGGCCAGAUAUUGAUGAGGUGUAUAUGAAUUAUGUACAAGCAACAACAGGCUCUGGUGGGUGGCCUUUGAACGUCUUCCUCACUCCUGAUCUGGAACCUGUGUUUGGGGGCUCGUACUGGCCUGGCCCACAUUCUAAUGCACUCCCAACACUUGGAGGAGAGGGUCAAAUUACCUUUGUCGACAUUUUGGAAAAGUUAAGAGAUGUAUGGCACACGCAGCAGUUGAGAUGUCGCGAGAGUGCAAAAGAUAUUACGAAGCAGCUUCGGGAAUUUGCCGAAGAAGGCACCCAUUCGAAACAAUCAGAUGUCGAAACAGAGGAGGAUUUAGAAAUCGAACUGUUGGAAGAGGCAUAUCAGCAUUUUGCUUCACGUUAUGACGCGGUGAAUGGGGGUUUUUCAGAGGCGCCAAAAUUUCCGACUCCCGUUAAUUUGAGCUUCCUGGUCCACCUUAGCCGGUACCCUAGUGCCGUAGCUGACAUAGUAGGAUAUGAGGAAUGUAGUCGUGCAAUAGAAAUAGCUGUCAAAACGCUUAUCGCCAUGUCGCGGGGCGGCAUUCACGACCAGAUCGGUCAUGGGUUUGCGCGGUAUAGCGUCACAGCAGACUGGAGUUUGCCUCAUUUUGAGAAAAUGCUUUACGACCAAGCCCAGCUGCUGGAUGUAUAUGUGGAUGCAUUCGACUCUGCAUACGACCCGGAGCUGUUGGGCGCCAUGUAUGACAUCGCAACAUAUAUUACCAGUCCUCCGAUGCUGUCACCAACAGGCGGCUUUCACUCAUCGGAAGACGCUGACAGUCGGCCCAGCCCCAACGACACGGAGAAAAGGGAGGGGGCCUUUUACGUAUGGACACUUAAAGAGCUGAAGCAGAUUCUCGGUCAACGGGAUGCGGACGUCUGCGCUCGCCAUUGGGGUGUGCUGGCAGAUGGCAACGUGGCGCGAAUAAAUGAUCCGCAUGAUGAAUUCAUAAAUCAAAACGUGCUUAGUAUCCAGGUUACUCCCAGCAAACUUGCGAAGGAAUUCGGAUUGGGCGAGGAUGAGGUUGUUCGGAUCAUCAAGAGAUCCCGCGAGAAGCUGCGUGAAUACCGAGAAAGCAAACGGGUCCGUCCGGACUUGGAUGAUAAGAUUAUCGUCGCGUGGAAUGGACUUGCUAUUGGCGCGCUGGCCAAAUGUAGUGUUGUUCUGGAAAAUCUUGAUAGGGAUAAGGCGUACCAAUUCAGACGGGCCGCGGAGGAAGCAGUUAGGUUUAUCAAACACAACCUGUUUGACGAGCAGACUGGUCAACUUUGGCGUAUAUACCGUGGUGGUGUGCGGGGGGAUACACCGGGUUUCGCUGACGAUUAUGCAUAUCUUAUUUCUGGACUCAUCAAUCUCUACGAAGCGACAUUUGAUGAUAGCCAUCUACAGUUUGCAGAGCAAUUACAACAAUACCUAAACAAGCACUUCCUCGCCGUGGCUCCAAGCACCAGCACCAGCACCAGCACCAGCACCAACACGAGCAUGAGCACAAAUCCCGACCAAACAACCACUCAAACCGCCACCCUACCACCCUCAUUAGGCUAUUACACCACCCCCUCAACCCUCUUCUACUCACCCUCAUCCUCCAACUUCUCAUCACAAACAAACCCUAACACUCCAACACUCCCACCCCCCCUCCUCCGCCUCAAACCCGGCACAGACGCCGCAACCCCAUCCCCCAACGGGGUGAUAGCCCGCAAUCUCCUCCGUCUCUCUGCCCUCCUCGAUGCCGGAGACGUAAAGGAAAACAACGCCGCCACAGCCACCACCAAAAGCUACAAACGCCUCGCCCGCGAAACCGUCAACGCCUUCGCGGUGGAGAUCAUGCAGCACCCAUUCCUCUUCGUGGGCAUGCUAGAUGCUAUCGUUGGACUGGAGAUGGGUGUCCGCGGGAUCGUGGGAGUUAUCGGUCAGGAUGAUGGUGAUGCUUCUCUCUCUUCAGUCAUGAGUCGAGGUGAAGGCGAAGCUGUCGCAGAGGGCACGAAGAUGGAAGGGGUUGAUGAUGGAGUUGCUGUUGCACCAACGCCAAUUCCAUCAUCAUCAUUACCAUUAUCAACAAUCCUCUCAUCACGAGAAUUGGUCAUUCAGAAGUUGCGUGUGGAGGCAGGGACGGCUGCAUCGACGGCCGCAGUUGCUGUUUCAGUCAUCGAUGUGCGUGUUGGUGGUGGCGGUGAUGUUGAUGCUAGCGUGGAAAAGUCGCAGUGGCUGCGGAGGCGGAAUGCGUUGCUGAGAGACAUACGGCCUGGAAAGAAUUAUUUGCUUAUUUGUGAGGCGGGGACGUGUCGGGUUGUUGAUGUGUGA